AAUGAGCCAUCAUGGUUCGGCGAAGCGCGAUCGUUCUUUCAGGCGGGACGACGUUUCUGAAAGAAUAGAACUAUUGCGUUCGCGCUCAGCAGGGCGAGGAGAAGAGGUUCGUGUGGAGUUUGAUCAUCCUCCAGAUAUCCCGCCUCCACCACAGAUUUAUGUCCAAACAACACUUGAUCCAACCUACGUUCAGAUACCGCCUCCUUUCGAGCCCGGAAGAACAACUCAUCAUGAGGGAGCGACCAGAUAUCCUACAAGAGAGAAUUAUCAUAGGCCCCAAAGGUCACGGCAGCGAACCGACAACUAUGUACACAUCGAACAUGAGAGGGGUCAUAGUUACGCGAUUCGUCCAUCGCACGAUGACAGUGGUCCGAUGCCCAGUAUUUCUCAGAACUACAGGCCUUCACAAGCGCGUCCCGAAGCAUACACCACUUUUACACAAAUGCCAGCACAAAUGCCAGAUCUGCAGUAUACCACCCACACCAAACCGCUUCGAACCGACUCGCAUCGCCGCGAACGUAUUCACAGCAGACACGAUGAGUCGAAGAUCCCUCACGGAGGUGGUGGAGGAGACGGCGGCGGCGAUAUCCAAACAUCAGCUGUCGAAAAGGCGGAACCAGAUGCACCCACACUGAACAAGAUCACGAUAUGUGUGUACCGGAACAGUAAACGGCAAUUCGUACAGAAAGAAGUUUGGAUGUUGAAGCCAGAUCAUAAAAAGGAUAUCUUUUUGGAAACGUCUGAGCAUCUCCGUAGAGACCCUGCUUUCCGCAAAGCCCUUCGCACAGAUGCUACUUUCUUCAAGGAGAUCAAACAACGGUAUAAAUAUCAGUUGCGAGGAACUUUCAGACGGUAUCUUAGCUUUAAGACCGUGAGCACCGUAAGGGUUCUGGGGUAUGGAAACAAUGUAUUCGGACUGGCGGAUAUCAAUGAGAAAGUGUUUUCCCCAGUCUUCAUGCGAGCAUACAACAAUCCCAGGCAAUCCUUGAUAGACCGCAGAGACAAUCCAAGGGAUCCGAAACUCGAGUUUAAUACCUGGGUCGGGUGGUUCUGGCUGAAACGUCGAGCAUUUGUUCUGGACAAGAAAGUCGACUUGGCCAUUGAAUUGGUUGAGGCUUACGAUCCGAAUCGCGUGUUGGGUGGGAUAGCCAUUGCACUGACAAUCUACUUUGCUCUUACGAUCACAUGGCUGGCUCUAGGUGGUGAUCCGUCAUACGUUGCCGGAGUCAUGUCGUUUGUUCUCUCUAUUCUCGCAGACCUAGGCCACAUGGGUGGUGGCAAAGACUUCCUUGUGCUCGACGAGUACGAGCUUGAUAACCUGGACAAGGACGGCUGGGGCGGUCCUCUU